CAUAGGUCCGGGAGUCACAGCAGCCGCGGGCGGGACGUGCAGGAGGCCCUGCCGCAGGUUAUUUGUGACCACGUCCGGCCGCUUUGUGGCAAUAGCGCUCCCGGGUGGUGUGUGCAUAGACAGCCUGGUCCUGACAUGAGCCACUGGCUUCUAUGGAGUUUCGGCUAAUGUGGCGGCUAUGGGCUUAGGAGACCUGGACCACCAUGGCGGAGAGAAGGGAGGCGGGUCGUGCUAGAGAGGUUUUGGAGACCAGUCUGGCGGCCAUCGGAUGCCUAAUUUGUUAUGUGUUAGUUAGUCCCAGACACCGAGAAUUGACAGACUCCUGCCCAGGAAUAUUUUUCCUUUAAUGAAAGGUAGCAUCGAAACAAUUAUCCUUUGUUGGAAUAAGUUUAGGUAGUGCAUCUGUCUGGUGGCUUGUCUGCGGUUCAGAAUUUUCAGCCAAAUAUUAAUGAAUAGGAGUCCUCCAUAAAGCUCAGAGUAUUGGCUGUGCCGGGCUCCUAUAUCUUCUGUUCCUGACUGGCACCGACUAAUGACCUGCUCCUGGACCUGUUUGUCCAGGCAGACCCCUCAUCUCAGAGACCGUAAAAGGAUGGGUCCUUCUUUGUUUUGCAAACUGACUACAGUACCCAGUGGAGAGAACCUUCAAGAGUCCUCCUGUGUUAGACCGAAAACGUAUGUGCAGGAACCAGAGUAUAGGACACAUAUUGUUCGGUGUCUUCAUGAGGAGCAGAAGACUUUUGUGGAUCCUAAGUCCACGGAGCUUGCAAACGUCAUCAGUUCCCUCCAGGACAUGGGUUUUGAUGAAGCCCACAUUAACAUCUUGCUCAAUAUACAGCCAAGCGUCCAUCCUCAACAGCUGCUGGACAUAAUUUCAGAAUUUCUACUCUUGGGAUUGCACCCAGAACCUUUAUUUAUGGCUUUGAAGAAAAGUCCACAGUUACUGAAACUGUCUCCAUUGCAAAUGAAGAAGCGGUCCAGUUACCUGCGGAAGCUUGGCCUUGGAGAAGGGAAACUGAAGAGAGUGCUGCACAGUUGCCCUGAGGUUUUCACCAUGUGCCAGCGGGACAUUGAUGGUGUUGUGAGGGUCCUCAAGGAGAGGUGCAUGUUCACAGCACAGCAAAUCACUGAGCUUUUACACAGGUGCCCAGGAGUUCUUCAGGCGGACCCCAGUGAACUAGAGUACAAAUUCCAGUAUGCAUAUUUUAGGAUGGGACUUAAGCAUCUGGACAUAGUCAAGAAUGAUUUCUUACAGUAUUCAAUAACCAAGAUCAAGCAGAGACACAUGUACCUGGAACGCCUUGGACGGUACCAAACCCCUGAUAAGAAGGGACAGACACAGAUCCCUAACCCUUUACUGAAGGACAUUCUCAGGGUUUCUGAAGCUGAGUUUUUGGCCAGGACAGCACGUUCCUCUGCCGAGGAGUUUGAGGUUUUUAAAAAGCUCUUGGAUAGAGAAGAAGAGGAAUCUGAGAGCCAUGCAUCGGAGGAAGAGGAGGAGGAGGAGGAGGAGGAAGAUGAAGAGCAGCUGUGAUGGAGGAUGGGACAAAAGGGUCCAGAGAUGCCGGAGAUCAUUCCCGUAUUCUCAAAGCUUUGGGGCGAUCACCUGGAUCUUCGAGCAUUUUUUAAUACUAACACUGGUCAUUUGAUAGAAAAAAGAAAGAAACUGUUAUGAUCCACUGUAGAUGUAGGUACAUCAAACCAAAUAGGAGAUGCUUUGUUGCAAUCUAGUGGCUUCUUUGGAGGCCCACUACAUCCUAAAUAAAGGACUCAGCUGUUAAAAUCCAGGGGAUGCCACCCAUCCAAGUUUGGUAUCUUUUUCUCUGUUGAAAUACGUUGGUGUUAAUUCUGAAAUCGUGUAGAGAAAGAGGUGCUUUCCGGCUCAAGAGUCGCUACGUGUUUCCUUGUGGUAGUAAAGGUAAAAUCAUGAGAAUGUAACAUGAGGGUAGUAUGUCAUAGCACUUUAUUUUAUGAAAACAAGUAGCAGGUUUUCCACAAAAUAGUCAUGUUUUUAAUCCGACAUUUCACGGCCCUCUAACGCGUUCAGUGUACAGCAGAGUGAAAGGCGUUGGUUAGUAAUGUGUUUAGUUUUGCAGUCUUUGGACUAGCAAAACCUUCUUCUCAUCUGUGAGAUGCUGACCCUUCCUGCUUGGGCAAGCUGGCCUUCAUGUGGGUUCCUGGCUAAUAGCCACUUCAAGGCCUGGUUCUUUGGCCCUUUAGCCUGUGCUGCCAUA